UCGCGGCAGUCCCCAAUUUUCACUCGCAGAGCGACUCGCGAGCUGCGACCACUGCCCUCGGUAAUUUACCUGGACAAGGCAGGCAACUACGUCUUCGUCGUGGAGAUAUGGCCUAACGUGGGGGAAUUAGACAGUCCAUACGAAGCUAUGCGAGUGAUGGACCAGUUGCAAGUUGAAAUCUUUCUCUCUCCCGCUGACUUCUUAGAGAUGACCUACACUCGUGUGUCCGAUCCUCUGCGUCGACGAGUGCGGUACAUCAUCAAGCUGCACGAAAGGCAUCACCUUGUAGGCCAAACCUCACCAGGUAAGGCCAUCAAGGCCACUUCUCUAGCAAUGAGCAUACACUGGCCGUUUCCGGAAAUGUGCCUGGGCAGCGCAGGUCAUUCGUUGGACUUGAUACCAGACCUGACUGGGAAGUUAGGACACCUGGCGGAUUCGAAGGGGUACGCCAUGGCGGUGCUGACAGAGGAGAAGUGGACUCUAGUGAUGAACCACAGGAACCUGCCUUCGGCAACGGCUUUGAAGAACGAUGUCCCUUAUGGUGCUUCGGACAACCCCAAGGUGUUGUACGCAAUGGGAAGAGGCGGAUCGAAGACGAACGUCCCAAGUCCUGCAGUGGAGGUGCUAAAUAAGGAUGGGAUUGAGCUGGUGAGCCUGGAUGAAGACCUUGGGGAGGUGGCUGAUUCGUCCACACCCUUGCGUAAAGGGGACAUAGUCCGGGUGAUUGUGGAGAACCCCAACGAAGAAGUCUCUAUGACUAUAAAUAGUGGCUGCCCCCCAGAUAGAAGUGUUCAUCUGGACCUGGAGCUGUCUGAAUAUAGCCGAGAGUGUAGGAACGUGGACCCGGCUAUUCCUUGUGCAUACUUUGAGGACGAUUUCUUGCCGGUCAUUGCAAUUUACGACAGCAUCAUCAACUCCUCGGAGCUGUUCACCGAAGUGUUCGCUUUGUCUAUAGUGGCCGGGGGAAGAGAUCCACACAGCAUGAGAAACUUCACCGAGGCAGAGAUAAGGAACUACAACCUAGGGGGUGCUGAGGCCAUCUGGACCUCUCUAAUUGGCCCCGGUCUGAGGCCUGGAACAUUCCAGCUAAGCCGUGGGGUUCGGUCUGCUGAUGGCCAGCCAAUUAUAAAGGGCUACCCCUUGACUUGGGUUUGUCCAUCCGGGAGCCCAUGCUAUGGGAUCCAACCACGAGGACUCGAAACUCCCCACUAUUUUGUGCGGUUCAGAUUGACCACCGAUUCCCAGAUCACAGGGUACUCAACCUCCUACUGCCUCCACACCACAGAGUUCCUCGUGCGUAUCCAUGGUCUGCAAAUGGACAUCACAGGGUCGCUGGUCGUCACUCUCGGAACAUGGGGGGCCAUCUUUGGCACCAUUCUCAUCGGCUACGCCUUCCAUUACUAUCAUCGGCAACAGGCUGCCAAAGCUGGCAUUGUUGCAGAGCCUGAUCCGGCCCUAGCUGGCAUUGUUGAAGAGCCUGAUCGCCCCCCAAGCGCCACUAAUGACUAGACAAAAAGGACUUUACGUAACAGGUGGGCUGCCAAAGCUGGCAUUGUUGAAGAGCCUGAUCCGGUCCUAGCUGGCAUUGUGUUGAAGAGCCUGAUCCCCCCCAAAGCACCGCUCACGACUAGACAAAAAGGACUUUACAUAACAGGUGGACUAAUACGGUCAUCAUGGACCUGUGAAGUACGGUCCUCAGGGGUCGAAGCUGCUGCUCCCAUCCUGGCCACAACGAGGUCCUGGCCACAACGUGGGCCUGGCCACAACGAGUAGACAAAAAGGACUUACAAUAACAGGCAGGCAGGCUAAUAUGACUGUCAUGGAACCCUCAAGUACUUUCCCCAAGCUGCUGCUCCAGUCCGGAGCAAAACAGCUAGACAAAGAGGACUUUACUACAAUAACAGGAGGGGUCUUAACCGCCAUUACGGAACACUCAAGUACGGCCAUCAGGGCACGAAGCUGGGGCUGUGUUUGCCGAGCUGCAGCUGUGGUCCUCAGCACUGGAAGUAAGGAGUUGACAGUAGCAACCAGGCUGGAGCCAAUCUUCUUCUUCUUCUUUUUUUUUCUUUAACACACCCAGGUUGAUGCUAGGGGAGCUGAUAAGAGCAGACCCCUCUAGCAUUCCCAGGGAGGCUCCAUCUCCAUCUAUUGGUGGGGAGCUUCACCUGCUGGAAAACGGGUCCAGCUUCCCAUUCCGGUGCAGCUACAGAGAAUGAAGCGGCUGUUGUCGA